AUGUCAGAGACCGAGAUCGAGAUGGGUGUGGACAAAAGCAAUAGUGACUCCCUGUCAGCUUUGGGUUCAGUCAAUAAGCGACAUGAGCCACCUGAGGCCAUCAAUGCCCUGAGCUGGAGUCUGGGAGUGAAAAUUUAUCAUACUGCGGUGCCUUGCUUCUUGUGCUUCUUGAUGUACGUCUUGAACCAUCCGAAAAGCAUAUCGUACACUCCUGCUGACCUAGUCACGAUCAAUCGAAGUACAUUUUCCUCAACCGUCACAGUUCCUGCCACCCCUGAUCUUAUGGCCGAGUUCAACAUCAGCUCUACCAGAGCCCUCCUCUCCGGAACCCUGUACAUGUUAGGGUUGACAUUUGGCCCUCUGAUCCUGGCGCCUCUAUCAGAGUUUAUUGGUCGUCGGUGGCUGUAUAUUGCCACCUCGUCAAGCAUAAUUGCCUUCGCAGGAGGUGCUGGAGCUGCACGAAAUUUUGCCACACAUUUGAUUUGCCGUUUCUUUUGCGGAUUCCUGGGAUCAGCUGGAGUUGCCAUCGGUGCUGGAACAAUUCUUGAUGUUUGGGGAAGAGGUGGACAACUGGCCAGGCUUCUCUUCAUCUGCGGCCCAUUCUUGGGCCCAUCUCUGGGUCCGUUGGUAGGGGCAUACGUUAUGCACGACCGCCAUGGAGAUUGGAGAUGGACUCAGUGGACAGUGGUCUUGAUUGGGGCACCCAUCUGGAUUUUGACCCUUUUCAUGAAGGAGACUGCUGACUUUCGGAUCCAACGCACCGCUAAGCACUCGGGCCGUUUUGGCAUGGUGCAGCUGGCCUUGUCAACACUCAAAGCGGCGGUUCUUCGGUCAGUAACUAUGCUUACCACUGAGGCUAUUGCACUCUCUGUGACCCUUUACACAGGGUAUGCAUAUGCAGUGGUCUUCAGCUUUUUCGCAAGUGCCCCUUAUGUCUAUUCCCUGGACUAUAAUUUCAACUCUCGACAAGUUGGCCUUUCCGUUAUCAGUGUCGUUAUUGGUUAUUGUCUGGCUGCAGUCAUGCAUAUCAUAAUCGAGGCGACACUUUAUGCUCGGGCUGUGCGGCAAGCACCAGAUGGCCAGGCGGCCCCAGAGCACCGACUGUACGCCGCUAUGGUUGGCAGCAUUUUUUUGCCCAUUGGCCUGUUCUGGUACGCAUGGGCGGCUCACCAAGGCGGCAACUGGGCAGUGGUCGUGGCCAGCGGCAUCCCUUUUGGUCUGGGGGCUUUUAUUGUCUUUCUGUCCUCGAUAUCGUACCUCGUUGCAUCGUACGGGGUUGGUACUUCCGCGUCCGCUGUCGCGGCAAACGGAUCUAUUCGAUACCUUUUCGGGGCAGUAUUCCCUUUAUUCACCACUCCGAUGUACGAGAAGCUGGGCAUCCAUUGGGCGGGAAGUGUCUUUGGGUUUCUGUCUUUGGCGCUCCUUCCGAUCCCUUGGAUCCUUUUCAAAUUCGGCUAUACGCUGCGGAAAAAGAGCCGCUUCAUACGAUCUGCCUAA